AAAUCUGAUUUUUCUGACUCCUCUCACCUCUUUCAGUUUGUACGGUGCCUCCUGGUCCUGUGACGGUCGCAGAAAACAACACGGCUGACGUCCAGUUGGUUAAAAUCAUCUCCAACAGUGAUGUAAUACUGACAGUCGACGUGAACCCUGACGAUCUGUUUUACCUGAAAGGGAACGCCUUGAUGGUGAAGAAAGGACUGGACUAUGAGUCAUUGUCCACUUCAACUCUGGUGGUUUGGGUUCGGUGCAGCAGAGCAGGCUCCACAUCAGUGAGAGAGUCUGUUGAAGUUUUGGUUGAAAAUGUGAACGAUAACCCUCCGAACUUUGCACAAAACCACUACAUACUAGAAGUGAAUGAGCUCACUGCGGUCAACACCAGCAUUGGACUGAUAGAAGCUACAGAUGUGGACUCAGAGCCGCUGUACUACCGCUUAGAGUCUGCAACGGAUAAAUAUUUCCGCCUGGAGAACAUCAACACACCGAAGAUACUCGUCAAAAGCAUCAUAGACUACGAUGUCGUACAAAAGAUCUCUCUGGUUUUACAUGUGCAGGACACGUUCAACGGUUCAGCCUCCAACGAGCCCUUCUUCACGUCCGUGGCCUCCAUCACGGUGCACGUGAAGGACGUCGAUAACCGGCCGCCGUGGUUUCAGCCGUGUACGAGGACCAACUUGGGAAUCGCCAAACUGUGUGUGAGCGGCGGCUACAGAGGCAAAGUCAAUCUGACCGAGAAAGAGGAAGGGCCGUUGGUGCUGGAGCCCGGCCCGGUGUUCGCCAGAGACGGAGACAAGAACAGGAGCGAACACAUCAGCUACAGAAUACUCAGAGGAAACGAGGGAAAUAUAUUCCAGAUUGAUGAGGAAACAGGAAACAUCACCAUGGCUAAAGCUGCUGAUAUUGUCGGUCCAAUAUCUCUCACUGUUCUGGCGUCGCAGGUGACCAACAGGGAUCAGUUCGCGGUGACGCAGGUGACCAUCGAUGUGAUGAAGAAGAGCAGGAACCCUCCUCGCUUUGAGAAGGAACGAUACGAGGGAUUUAUCUAUAGCAACUCCGUCCCUGAGAGCAUGAUCCUCCGAGACCGCAGCACCAACCGGCCCUUCAGGGCCCGAGCCCGGGACGAGGACUUCGCCACUGGUUUGAAUCCAGAUGUGAAGUACGAGGUGCAGUACAGCAGCUACGUCAACGUGACUUCAGACGGUUUUGUGAUCCUGAAGAGAGUUGUGAAGACAGAGUCCUUCGCGCUUCAGCUCAGAGCAGUGGACUCGACGACGGGGGAGUUUGGUACAGCAGCCCUCUCUGUUCAGGUCAUACCUGCGGUCGCCAUCCCGUCUCCUUCAAACGUUGGCUACCGUGCGGGGGACAUGGCGCUCCUGGGGCUGAUCAUGGCGGCCGUGCUGGUCCUCUGCUUCAUUGUGAUUGGCUUCUUGAUUUCCCGCUUGUGGAAGGGAAACACCAGCAUGGACAAAAUAUGUGAGUGUUUUGGCUCCUGUCUGAGGUCCGACCAGCCCCGCACCGGCCACAGAGACUCCCUGCAGUACACCAACGACGGCUUCCAGAACGAGGCCGACCAGAGCCGCGGGGGAUCCAGGCGCUGGAACAACGCUAUCCCCAGACGGAGCACCUUCCCCCAGGGCCGGAGCCGGGUCAUCCCCCUGGAGAGACGGAGCCGCCACUGCUCCUCCUGCGGCGUCUUCACCAACCACGUCCCCAAAGGGAGCCCCUCGGUGAGGCCCUCCAGGAGAGGCAGAGGAGACGGGGACGAGUACAGCAUGAGGUCCAUCUUGACCAGGAAGAAAAGGAAGGAGGGGCAGAAGCAGGUGUGGUUCAAGGAGAGCGAGGACUCCUCGGACAUCGAGGUGGAGAUUAUUCCGGACACUGUGGGCCGGGUGGAGGAGGAGACUGAGGAGGAGUUGGAAGGGGAGGUGGAGAUGGAUGGAGUUGUCAGAGACCCGGCAGCCCCACGGAGAGAGUCUGACGGCGGGGAGGAGAGCCAGGGCACAGAACCCAAUGACGAUGGAAAUACCAACUCAGACAGAGAGAAGAGAGGCCAGGAGCAGGAGGGCUGACAGCAGAGGUCAGAGGUCAAACUCGAGUCAGAGGGAAAUGUUCAUGAAACUGAGCAGAACGCUGUUUGUUUUCUUGUCACUUUUUGGAUAUUACAGCCUCCAGCAGAGGUGUCAGCAGUCCAGGAUGAAGAUUCAACAUCUCGGGAUAUUUGCCAAACCUCAACAACAGAUUCAAGCAUCCAUAAAGUAUUUAUUUGCUACUGUGAGUAUCUUAGAAUAGUGUUUAAAAAUAUAUAGGUUUGACUAGCAUUGGCCGACAUGACGAUAUAUUCUGUGAAAUGAUGAACAGAACUUUCUAUGACUUUUUAUCGAUGACCCUUUGAAGGAUAAUUGCAGAAUUAUACAACUUGGGUCUUAUUUUCAUAGUUUUGGUCUCAGUUGGUAAUAACAAACUCAUCAAGUUAACUGAAGAUAUUGCAGCGACAUCGCUACAACAAAUUUAAACGUGGUAAAAAACACAAGCAGUCAGACGAUCAGACAGGUUUUAAACACACCACAGGUUAACCAAAAAGGUGGAAAACAAAAGUGAAUGUUAUAACAUCCAUCACAAUUUACAGAUGGACAUCCUGUGUCAACUUUGACCUGACGUAGUUGCCACAGUUUUCCUGUGCAGCGAGGAAUUAUUACCAAUAUUUCAGUUGUGCUCAGUUUCAGUUUGGAAUAACUGGCAUGAAUUAUUGUCCACACGCCCCAUCAAUACACACACACACACACACACACACACACACUGGUAGAUAAAGAUGCAUUUUCACAAAUCAUAAAAACGAAGCUUUUUGUGUCAGAUGAGACUCAGCAACACUCAGAAAGUGUCGUCACACAUAUUUCAUGUAGUGCUGAAGGAAAGAACACAGUACAAGAUGCAGCAAGUUCCAAAAUAAUAAUCUAUAAAGUUAAACUGUAUACUUAUUAUUCAGCUUUUUUUGCACAUCAUAUCGUUUGAAUGUGUUUGCUGGCCUGGUGCUGGUCUUGGUUUAUUUACAACUUGCCAGAUCGUCUGACUUUUAGUGUUUUUGCCCUUGAUGACAUCUUUGUAGGAUGUUGCUGUGAUCUCAACAAUAACUUUGGUGAGUACAAUGUUAUUAUAACAGACAAAACUAAAGUAAAACCCAAGUUACAAUAAACCAGAAUUAUCUUUUAAUAGCUCUGGUUUCAUUAGACCUGUGGGCAAUGUCACAAAUUGAUAAGAACCCUUUUUUCAAGUUCUAACUAGCUUUAUUAGUGGUUAAUAAAUCAUUUAUUAAUGCCUCAUAGAUACAGUAUUAAAAGAAAAUACUAUUUUGGUUGCCAGGUUUCACUUUCUAAUAAGCCAUCAGCAAAAGUUUAUAUUCUAAAUGUAUUAUAAAUGUUAGUAAGUUAUUAAUAAUCUACUCCUAUAAUAAUCUAUUAAAUCUGCAGUUAUAAAUGUUAAUAAGUUGUUUAAUGAGAGCUAGCAGCUCUGUGAAGCUGUAUAUAGGCACAGUGAUGCUUUCAGGUAAGAAUGCUAACAUGCUGAUGUUUUUUAGUUAAUGUUUACUAUAAUGUUCACCAUCUUAGCUUAGCGCGUUAGCAUGCUAACAUUUGCUAAUCAGCGCUAAAUAAAGUACAGCUGAGUCUGAUGGGAAACUAAGUGCUAGCAUCCUCUGCAGCUCUUUUAAAGAAAGUCAGAGGUAAAAAGGUCCAUUAAAGAGAUUUUAUUUUAAACCUGGCAACCCAAAAAUUGUUCUUAUUCAUACCUUAUACCUGAUUUAUAAAGCAUUGAUAAAUUAUUUAUUAACCAUUAAUAGGAGUGCCUUUCUAGAAAGUGUUGGAGUCAUUUAAAUGUUUUGCAUGUGUUUAACUCAGUUUAUUAUCCAAAAACAGACAUUCCCAUUUUCUCAUGUUAUUGGUUUGUUUAUUCCUUUUUUUUUUAAUUGAGUUCCUUGGAAAUUUACUACAUCACAAUAUACAGUAGCCUGUCAUUAUUACUAUAUAAAAUGACAUGGACCAAGAUAGAUUUUGUCCAUAUCACCCACUCCUACUUCCAGUCAGGUCAGGACGACAGAUGACAACAUGAGUCAACCAAAGGGCCCCAAAACUGAUGGAUGUUUCUGUCUGCGGUGACGGCGGUCGCUGUAGUGCUGUUAUGAUUUCUGUCUCACUCUGCACAUAUUCUGUACAAACGUUACUAAACUGAACCAGUAGUGUUUGGAUUUUACAGUGAGAGAAAUAUGUGAAGACAAACUGUAUCUACUGAAUACUAAACAGCUGAGAAGACUUUUAUAUGUGGACUGUAUUUUAUUGAGCAGGUUAAGUACAAUAACUACUGUUAUGGAUAAAUCUUUGGUUAAUGUAUAUUUGACUUUUUGUACAUUAGAGUGAUGAUGAUGUAGAAAGAAUAAUAAAGUUUGAAGGAUUUGUUGAG